AUGGACAAAUACCUUGGUUUCUGGAACCUUAUGGCCUAUGAUUACUCCGGUAGCUGGGAUACCACCGCUGGCCAUGACGCCAGUAUCUAUGCUUCGACUAGCAACCUAUCUAGCACGCCCUUUAACACUGACCAGGCCGUCAAAUACUAUAUCUCGCAAGGAGUAGCCGCCAGCAAGAUUGUUAUAGGUAUGCCACUCUAUGGGCGCUCAUUUUUGAACACUAACGGGCCUGGUACUUCUUACACCGGCGUUGGAAGCGGUAGCUGGGAGAAGGGAGUAUGGGACUACAAGGCGCUACCCCAGCCUGGGGCAGAGGUUAGCUACCUUGAACAACCUAUAGCUAGCUAUAGUUAUGCUUCGUCGCAACGGAAGAUGAUUAGCUAUAAUGACCCUCAAGUUGCACGAAAGAAGGCAGAGUAUAUUAUGUCAAAAGGUUUGGGUGGAGGGAUGUGGUGGGAAAGCGGUGGGGACAAGAAAGGCUCUAAUAGCUUGAUAACAACAGUUGUUAAUAAAUUUGGCGGUGUCUGCGCUCUGGAGCAAGUCCAGAACGAGCUGAAUUAUCUGUCAUCCUCUUACAAUAACCUAAAGGCUGGAUUUCCUUCCAAUUAA